CAGAUGAGGAGACAAUCCAGAGACAGGUAAUUAGCCUAGGGUCAUACUGGAAGGAAGUGGUAGAGCUGAGAUUUGAACCCAGGUCAUCAGUAUUCUUCCCACUGCAUCAUGCCACUCCACCAAGCCUCCUAGUUCUCCUCACGGAGCCCUCACUCUCGUUUGGUGAUUCUUCAUCCCCAUUCUUUCCCCUCUGCCCUUCCUGAGCCUCCAUUCCCUUCUCUGAGUCCUUUCUCCCCUCACUGAGACUUCCUCUCUAUCCCUGAAACCACAGAUCCUCUCCGAGUCUCCAUCCCCUGCCCUAAGUGCUCCAUCAGAACCUUCAGCUCAGUGGAUCCUCCUCACUAAACGAUCAUCAUCAUCAUCACUAGCAGCCUUAUGCCGGGGGAAAGCAGGAGAAAGGGAGGGAAGCAUCAAUUGGGCAGAUCCCAGAGAACCCACCAAGACUCACUGCAAUAAAUGAAAGAAACACGAGUCCUCUGCUUUGUGCUAGAAACAAUCAGAGCUGGACAGGCUCAGAGAAGGGAGCUGGGUGGGGAAAGCUUUUUAGAUUAAGUGGGCCUUGAAUUGGGCCUUGAAAGCUUUUUAUUCUAAGAAUAAAAAUUUGUUCUACAUUUUUAUUGGCCUUGAAAGCCCAAUUUAAAAAAAAAAAAAAAAGCCCUACUUGAAAGUAGGAUUUGGAGAAUUGGAAACUGGAAAAAUUGGAAAUGUUCUAGGCAAGGAGAAUGAUGGAACCAAAGGACAGAGGGAGGAAGAAAUGGGCUGUGUUCUAGAGAGUCUGAAGUUCCCAGGACCUUGGGUCCAUGGAGGGGAGAAAAAAUAGAAAGUGAGGGUAAGUCAGACCCUAGAAAGCCUUUAAUUCGAGGAUGAGGAGGUUGGACUCGGUCCUCUGGGGUUUGGGGGAAUUAGAGAGUGUUCUGGAGAAGGGGAAAGCAUUGGGCACUGAAUGGUCUGAUCAUCUCUUCUCAUUCCUGGCUUUUCCAGGAAUUCUGUGCGCCUGGUGAUCCGAAAGGUCCAGUAUGCCCCGGAGCGGCCUGGCCCGCAGCCCACGGCCGAGACCACUCGUCAGUUUCUGAUGUCUGACAAGCCCUUGCACUUGGAGGCCUCUCUGGACAAGGAGAUCUACUACCAUGGGGAACCGAUCAGUGUUAAUGUCCACGUCACCAACAAUACCAACAAAACAGUGAAGAAGAUAAAAAUUUCAGUACGCCAGUAUGCAGACAUCUGCCUGUUCAACACGGCACAGUACAAAUGCCCUGUGGCUGUGGAGGAGGCUGAUGAUAUGGUGGCCCCAAGUUCAACAUUCUGCAAAGUCUACACCCUUACCCCAUUCUUGGCCAACAACCGUGAGAAACGAGGCCUAGCCCUGGAUGGCAAGCUGAAGCAUGAAGACACCAACUUGGCUUCCAGUACCCUGUUGAGGGAUGGCACAAAUAAGGAGAUCUUAGGAAUCAUCGUGUCCUACAAAGUCAAAGUGAAGCUGGUUGUUUCCCGAGGAGGUGAUGUGGCUGUUGAACUGCCCUUCACCUUAAUGCACCCGAAGCCCAGGGAGGAGCCCGUACCCCUUAGCCGUCCAGGGAUUUCAGUUCCAGAGAAUGAAGCGCCCAUAGAUACCAAUCUCAUAGAGCUUGAUACAAAUUUCUUUCCCUUUAUCUCUCCUGUUAGCGAUGACGACAUUGUGUUUGAGGACUUUGCUCGACAGAGACUGAAAGGUAUGAAGGACGACCAGGAAGAAGAGGAAGUCCCAAACUCGCCACAUUUAAACAACACAUAAGACUGGACUCCUCUUGGCUGUUCUUCUUGGGUGGUUCCUGGUUAAUUCUUGUGAAUUAGGCUGCUUGUUAUCUUUUCUUCUUCUUCUCUCCUUUUUCUGGUAUUUCUUUCCCCUUCUGUUUUUUACUUCUACCAGGGGACUCCAGAGAACUUAUGUAGGUGUCAUCAGGGAUCCUCACCAUCUGGCUUUGACCCCCUCGUCACCAUAUCACCGAGCCUCCCUAGAGGAAGGGAUACUUCGCUUCCACCCUGGAGAAUGAAUGAAUGGCUCACUACUCUUCUUCCUACAUUAAUCUAUCCCAAGUCCUCUCUGUUUCUGCCUCACCUUCGAUCCCCUCCAGCCAGCCAGUCUUCAGUCUUCUCCAUAUGACCAGUCCCAAGAGCUUCCUAAUCCACAUUCUUUGGAUUGUGUCUGGUCUGCACACAUUGGGUGGAAUCCACCCAGUGGAAUUGAGUGUUUGAAUAUGGAGUCUGGCAAGAGAGAGAGAGAGAGAGAGAGAGGAAAGAAGGACCAGUAUAUGUGUAUUUGGGGGUGAGGGCAGGGGGUGGUUCUAGGCACAGCUGCUGAUGGUGUGGUUGGUGACGAGAUGAGGGUGAGAAGAUGAGACCACAGUUCUAGCACAGAAUGGCCAAUGAGAUGCCUUGGCUGAACUACCUUGGGUCAGAGAGAUGCUGGUAGCAAGUGGGAGCCAUUCACUGGGGAGGGAGGGGGAAGAACCAGCAGCUGGAAUCUCUGCCCUUCCACUUCCCUCUCAAUAUUCCUCUCUCCUUACCCCACUCCAUCCCCCAGUAUUUCAGACCGUGAUGGUGUCAUGACAGUUCAACAAUUCAAAAGCAGUCACAUUGAUGUUCUUACCAGCAGUUGCCAAGUUGAAUGCAAGUCACAAGGACUAGCACAAACAUUUACUAUUGUCAGAACAUAGUCUCUUAGUGAUAUGUAUCUUAUAUGUAUUGGAGAGAGACAGAGGAAGAGAGUUGAGUAUAUCAUUUUCAUAUCAUGAGGGCUAUAGUCCAUGGUCCAGAAAAUUUAAAAAGGCCUUGUAUUUGGGGUGAGGAGAGAAAACAUAUCUUGCUCCUGAGUCCCUGGUAGCAAGGGAAUCAGUAUCUCUGGGGAAGACUUCCCAGAGAGACUAUUCUCUCCUGAGUGAGAUGUUCAUCUACCCUAGAACUGGCUGAGUUUUAAUCUUCCAUUCAACAAUGCAACACGAUGCAAUUCAACAAGCAUUAUUAAGCACCUACUAUGUGCAAGGGACAUAAAGAUAAGAAGGAAACAUCUCUUGUCCUCAAGAAGCUUAUAUUCUACUGGGGGUGGUGGUGGUUGUGGCGGGGAAUGGAGCUUACAUUCUUCCACUUGGUGUAUUAGUUACUGAAUUGCCUUCAGUUCAGAUGUAGGAGCCAAAAGACAGUUGGGAUAUGUUAGGUUCAGAUCUUGCUCAUCCCCUUCUUAGGGAAGUCUCAGGGUAUGAUGCCUACUGUGACCAGGAGGAGGACACACAACUGAAGAGGACACAGCUGAUCCUCAGAAAAACUGGUACCAAGGCUCAAAUGUUGGUUUUGUUUACUUUUUCAGAAAGGGCAGAGAGCAAUGUGGAAAGGCAGGUUUAUUGCCUGGGACUUAAAAGAACCUCAGAGAUUGUGUAGUCUAAACUGGCUCCUCCUCUGCAUAUUACAGAUUAUGGCAACGAGGGCUAAGGAGGUUAAAUGACGUCUAAAAUCACAUGAAAUAAUAAAUAACAGAACCAGGAUUCAAAUUCAG